AGAAUUUAUUGCCGUCGUCGUCUUUACUGUUUUCGUGUUCUCCAAUUCUUCUUCUGAUUUGGCGUGCCUGUGAUCGAUGCCUCUGGUGUAUCGCUUUCUGGGUGUUGAGAAACAAUUGAAUGGUUGACGUCGAUCAUCGGAAUUAGUAAGAUGGAAAAACAGAACGAUGCCGCUGCUGCCGCCGCCGCCCCUACUGUGCCGCCUCUAACUUCAUGUCGGAAGAAGAAGAAGGAUGACGGCACCUUUUUGGAGGAUAUAAAGGAUCACAUUGAUGAAUUCAUCAACGCAUCUGUGGAUGAGCACAAGAGCUGUUUCACAAAGACCAUUCACAAGAUGUUUGGAAUGUCAAAGGUUGUUGCGGAGAGGAAUGCCGCCGCCCAAGAAGUUGAAAGUUCGCUGCCUCUUAAGACGAUAGUAUCAGACUAGAAUAUACUCCUGACUAUUGGCAUAGAUUUCCCUUGUUGAUGCUUUGCUUUUUUGAAGAACGGCAUUUCGCGAUCAUCGCUUGAUAUGUGACAGGUUCUUAGCUGUUCCCAUCAUGCUGGGAGUUAAAGUCUGGUUAGUUCAGAUUCAGUAGGCUUUAUGUGAUUGGUGGUGGGUUAUGGUCUAACCAGACUAACCUGCACGACAUCAUGUUAAUAAAUUAUUACAUGACGAGAAAACUCGUACAAGUUGAAAUUAUCAUGAAGAAGGAUUCAGUACUA